GCAAGCGCGCGGGCAGGGGAGGGCUCAGAGGCGGCUGUAACAUGUCUUUGACUCGGACUCUAGGAACAGACACUGGAGGAGGAGGAGGAUGUGUGAGACACACCGCUUUUCUCACUCUGAGCCGAGGGAGCGCUACACUUAGGUCUAACCAGCAACUGGUGCCUCCGAGGGAAACUUAUUCCAGGACUCGUCAACGCGACUCCCAUGCCCGACAGCCAUGUCUCUGUACUACCGCAAAGUCGACACCUCCUCAUACCGCGACCGCAUCCCUCUGCGUGUGAUCCGUGCUGAGGCUGAGCUGUCUGCGCUGGAGAAGGUGUACCUUGGGGCUGUGGAAAGAGGGGACUAUGCCUCAGUGAAGCAGGCCCUGGAGGAAGCGGAGAUCUACUUCAGGAUCAACAUAAACUGUGUGGACCCUCUGGGCAGGACAGCUCUGCUCAUCGCCAUUGAGAAUGAGAACCUGGAGAUGAUUGAACUGCUGCUGAGCUUCAACGUGCAUGUGGGAGAUGCCCUGCUCCACGCCAUACGCAAGGAAGUGGUGGGUGCCGUGGAGCUGCUGCUGAACCAUAAGAAGCCACGCGGAGAGCAUCAGGUCCCAGCUAUGCUUGUGGACAAGCAGUUCUCGGACUUUACACCAGACAUCACUCCCAUCAUCCUGGCCGCGCACACCAACAACUACGAGGUCAUCAAACUGCUGCUAGCCCGCGGUGUGUCCAUACCCCAGCCCCAUGACGUGCGCUGUGGCUGUGUGGAGUGUAUGUCCUCCUGUGACGUGGAUGGCCUCCGAACCUCCCGAUCACGCCUCAAUGUUUACAAGGCCUUAGCAAGCCCUUCCCUCAUCGCCCUGUCCAGCGAAGACCCAUUUCUCACUGCAUUUCAACUCAGCUGGGAGUUAAAGGAGCUGAGCCAGGUGGAGAAUGAGUUUAAGUCGGAGUAUGAGGAGUUGUCCAAGAACUGUAAACGGUUUGCUAAAGAGCUGCUAGACCAGACACGGAGCACCAGAGAACUGCAAAUUAUACUGAACUACAAGGACAACGUUAACCCACUAGAGGAAAACACCAAUGAGCUAGCGCGGCUCAAGCUCGCCAUCAAGUACUGCCAGAAGGAGUUUGUAGCCCAGCCUAACUGUCAGCAGCUGCUGGCCUCGCGCUGGUACGAUGAGCUCCCCGGCUGGAGGAGGAGGCACUGGGCCGUCAAACUGAUAAUCUGCAUCUUCAUCGGCAUCCUCUUCCCCCUGCUCUCCCUGCUCUACCUGGUGUCUCCCAAGAGCCGCUACGGCCUCUUCAUCCGCAAACCCUUCAUCAAGUUUAUCUGCCACACAGCCUCCUACCUCACCUUCCUCUUCCUCCUCUUCCUCGCCUCACAGCACAUUGCCUCCGCUGACCCCGAUUUCCAGGGCCCAGUACCGACCACUGUGGAGUGGAUGAUACUGCCCUGGGUAUUAGGCUUCAUCUGGACGGAGAUCAAGCAGAUGUGGGACAGUGGCUUUGAGGACUACGUGGACGACUGGUGGAACCUCAUGGACUUCAUCAUGAAUUCUCUGUAUCUAGCAACAAUCUCACUCAAGAUCGUGGCCUAUGCAAAGUACAGUGGUAAAAAACCUCGUCACUCGUGGGAGAUGUGGCACCCUACUCUGGUGGCUGAAUCGCUGUUUGCUAUUGCUAACAUCUUUAGUUCACUGCGCCUGAUUGCCCUCUUCACCGCUAACUCGCACCUGGGCCCACUGCAGAUCUCAUUGGGCCGAAUGCUCCUGGACAUCCUCAAGUUCCUUUUCAUCUACUGCUUGGUGCUCCUCGCCUUUGCCAAUGGACUCAACCAGCUCUACUUCUAUUACGAGAGUGCAGGCGAGAGUGGCUGCAAGGGAAUCCGAUGCAAGGAGCAGAACAACGCCUUUUCCACGCUUUUUGAAACGCUGCAAUCACUAUUCUGGUCCAUCUUCGGCCUGAUUUCUCUGUACGUGACCAAUGUGAAGCCAGACCACGUUUUCACUGAGUUUGUGGGUAGCACCAUGUUUGGAACCUACAACAUCAUUUCUCUGGUGGUUCUGCUCAACAUGCUUAUCGCCAUGAUGAACAACUCGUACCAGCACAUAGCCAUAAGUUGA